GCAGCCAUGGCUACAGAAUCUCCACGAAGACCUAGCCGAUGUACUGGGGGAGUGGUGGUUCGUCCUCAGGCUGUAACGGAGCAGUCUUAUAUGGAAAGCGUUGUGACCUUCCUUCAGGAUGUGGUGCCACAGGCUUAUAGUGGAACACCUCUCACAGAAGAGAAGGAGAAAAUAGUAUGGAUCAGAUUUGAAAAUGCAGAUUUAAAUGAUACAACGAGGAAUAUGGAAUUUCAUGAAAUACAUGGCACAGGAAAUGAGCCACCUUUACUUGUAAUGAUUGGGUACAGUGAUGGAAUGCAGAUCUGGAGCAUACCUAUCAGUGGGGAAGCACAGGAGCUCUUUUCUGUUCGACAUGGCCCAAUUCGAGCUGCUCGGAUCUUGCCAACCCCAUACUUUGAUUCACAGAAGUGUGACAGCUUUGCUGAGAAGAGACCUUUGCUUGGUGUUUGUAAGAGCAUUGGAUCUUCUGGCACGAGUCCCCCAUAUUGUUGUGUGGAUUUACAUUCCCUUCGAACUGGGGAGAUGGUGAAGUCUAUUCAGUUCAAAACACCUAUCUAUGACCUCCACUGCAACAAACGAAUCCUCGUCGUAGUUUUGCAAGAGAAAAUUGCUGCCUUUGAUAGCUGCACUUUCACAAAAAAGUUCUUUGUUACAAGCUGCUAUCCUUGUCCAGGGCCAAACAUGAAUCCCAUUGCUCUUGGGAGCCGCUGGCUUGCAUAUGCAGAAAACAAGCUGAUCCGGUGCCAUCAGUCCCGUGGUGGAGCCUGUGGAGACAAUAUUCAGUCUUAUGCUGCCACAGUCAUUAGUGCUGCCAAAACCCUGAAAACUGGACUGACGAUGGUUGGGAAAGUGGUUACCCAGCUGACUGGUACAUUGCCUUCGGGUGUAUCUGAGGAGGAUGUCGCCAUCCACAGUAAUACUCGCCGAAGUCCUUUGGUCCCAGGAAUUAUCACAGUUAUUGACACGGAGACAGUUGGAGAAGGGCAGGUGCUGGUAAGUGAAGAUUCUGAUGGAGAUGGCAUUGUGGCCCAUUUCCCAGCCCACGAAAAGCCUGUUUGCUGUAUGGCUUUUAAUACAAGUGGUAUGCUCCUUGUCACAACAGACACCCUUGGCCAUGAUUUUCAUGUCUUCCAAAUCCUAACUCAUCCAUGGUCUUCAUCACAGAGUGCUGUCCAUCAUUUAUACACCCUUCAUAGGGGAGAGACUGAAGCCAAAGUACAAGACAUCUGUUUCAGCCAUGAUUGUCGCUGGGUUGUUGUCAGCACACUCCGUGGGACUUCUCAUGUUUUUCCCAUCAACCCUUAUGGUGGUCAACCCUGUGUCCGUACACAUAUGUCACCUCGGGUUGUGAACCGCAUGAGCCGCUUCCAGAAGAGUGCCGGCUUGGAAGAGAUUGAGCAGGAGCUCACAUCUAAGCAAGGAGGCCGCUGUAGCCCUGUUCCAGGCCUGUCAAGCAGUCCAUCUGGCUCACCUCUUCAUGGAAAACUAAAUAGUCAAGACUCCUACAACAAUUUCACCAACAACAACCCUGGCAACCCUCGACUUUCCCCACUCCCUAGUUUGAUGGUAGUGGUUCCUCUUGCACAAAUCAAGCAGCCAAUGACAUUGGGGACCAUCACAAAACGCACAGGGCCUUAUCUGUUUGGAGCGGGGUGUUUUUCCAUUAAAGCUCCAUGCAAAGUUAAACCACCACCCCAGAUUUCACCCAGCAAAUCAAUGGGAGGAGAAUUCUGUGUGGCUGCCAUCUUUGGAAUGUCCAGAUCCUGGUUUGCAAAUAAUCCUGGUCUGAAAAGAGAAAAAGAUCAGUCUAAACAGUUUGUGGUUGAGUCCUUGUACAUCAUCAGCUGUUAUGGGACACUUGUGGAGCAUGUGAUGGAGCCCCGGCCACUCGGCACCGCCCCCAAGAUCAGUGAUGACACCCCCCUUGAAAUGGUGACAUCUCCUCGGGCCAGUUGGACUCUUGUGAGAACUCCUCAGUGGAAUGAGCUGCAGCCGCCUUUUAAUGCCAACCACCCUCUGCUCCUUGCUGCAGAUGCCGUGCAGCACUCUCAGUUCCUGCUUGCUGGCUUAAUUCCUCCUGGAAGUCCUGGCCCUAUUACACGCCAUGAAUCCUAUGACAGUUUAGCAUCAGACCACAGUGGACAAGAGGAUGAAGAAUGGCUUUCCCAGGUUGAAAUCGUGACUCACACUGGACCCCAUAGACGUUUGUGGAUGGGUCCCCAGUUCCAAUUCAAAACCAUUCACCCUUCUGGCCAAACCACAGUUAUAUCCUCAAGCUCUUCUGUACUACAGUCUCAUGGCCCAAGUGAUACCCCACAACCACUUUUGGAUUUUGAUACUGAUGACCUGGAUCUCAAUAGCCUCAGGAUCCAGCCAGUCCGCUCUGACCCAGUCAGCAUGCCAGGGUCAUCUCGUCCCGUCUCUGAUCGAAGGGGAGUUUCUACGGUGAUCGAUGCUGCUUCAGGUACCUUUGAUCGGAGCGUGACCCUCCUGGAGGUGUGUGGGAGUUGGCCCGAAGGCUUCGGCCUCCGCCACAUGUCAUCCAUGGAGCACACAGAAGAGGGCCUCCGGGAAAGACUGGCCGAUGCCAUGGCCGAAUCUCCAAGCCGGGACGUCGUGGGAUCAGGAACAGACACAGCCCUUGACGUAGCAGUAAAAAACAUCACCCCCGAGAGACACAUGGCUGUGAAAUGUUUUGAGCUCCAGCGAGAGGGAAGCAUCGAGACUCUGAGUAACAGCUCGGGUUCCACCAGUGGCAGCAUCCCACGCAACUUCGACGGCUACCGCUCUCCUCUCCCUACUAACGAAAGCCAGCCCCUCAGUCUCUUCCCCUCCGGCUUCCCUUAGCCUCCCCUCACAGUAACAGCUCUUUCCAGCCGGCCUGCCCCCGAGGAAGCUUCUUGCCUGGGGAGGAGAGGGCCUGCGCUUGGCUACCUUCUCCAGCAUCCGCUCCUCCUCCACUCCCCACCCUCCCCAGCCUACUGAUGAAGAACCUGGCCCGCUUCCCUGUCCGCCCUGACAAGGAGAGACAGUCCCAGAAGCACCUCACGGCACUGUGGCUUCUCUCUCUCUCCCUCCCUCUUCAGUGUGGCCAGGAAGAGACUCUCUCCAGAAGCUCAGUUCCACCCUCAUUGUUUGCACAUGUUGUUAUGCACUGGAUCUGGUUCUGUGUUUUCUAAUCAGCGAAGGGGACGGCCCACUUGUGGGCCAGCAGCGAAGCCCAGUGCUCCGAGGCUGGGGGUAGAGAGGCCAUGCAUCGGGGUGGGCCUCGUGCGUGGAGGGGCCACCGUCCCUCUUCCCUCCCAUAUAACAGAGCAUUGGAUCGCUGCUUCCCUUCUCCCAUUUCCCUCCCGAUGCCGCAUGAACUGAGGCCAGGAGUACUAUGGAAAAUGGAGGGAGGAAGUGAUUUCUCUUUUCCAGCCCCGCUGCCCCUUUGGCUCUUGGGAAGAAUUGGUCUUUCUUACAGUUCCCCUUUUUAUCCUAAUCCUGUAUUAAAAUUCAACUCCUCUCUUUGGUGAAGGAAGCCAUGGUUAUUGAAACUCUGUAAAGAAGUGCACGCCUUGUCCAAUAAAUCAAGCUGAAAUCA